UCUCCACAGGCCGAGGCAUGUCUUGGCGUCCGCUCGAAGAUCGCCGCGAAAGUCCCCACCUUUCGUGCCUUCCUCGGCGAUUAUGGUGAAUGAGACGAGCUCUAUCGCGAUGCCCCCUUUCACUUCUCCGCUUGUGCCGGGCUUCUUCGUCUAUGGCGACUCCACUGUGGACGUGGGGAACAACAAUUAUCUCCAGACCAUCGCCAGGGCCAACCUUGCUCCAUACGGGAGAGAUUUCGACACUCACCUCCCCACUGGGAGAUUUUCGAAUGGCCGUUUGAGCGUCGACUAUCUAGCCUUGUUUCUGGGACUUCCAUUUGUUCCUCCGCUUUUGAGUAGGAACUUCACAUCUCAGAUGCAAGGAGUGAAUUUUGCUUCUGCUGGUGCCGGCAUUCUCAAUCCAAGUGGAUCGGACCUUGGCCAACACAUUCCUAUGGCAGAGCAAGUGCAGCACAUCGUCGAAAUACAGCAAAGGCUUGCUUCCAAAAUCGGUGAGGACGCUGCCAACGCUGUCAUUUCCAACUCGAUUCACUACAUCUCAAUCGGCAGCAACGACUUCAUCCAUUACUACCUAAGGAACGUCUCGGACGUCCAGAAUAAGAUGACCAACUUCGAGUUCAACCAGCUGCUGAUAUCCUCUCUAGUUGGACACAUCGAGGACAUGUAUGCCCGAGGCAUUCGAAAGGUUGUGACGAUCGGACUCGGGCCUCUCGGCUGCGUUCCCUUCUACCUCUAUACCUUCAACCAGACGGGCGCUGGCUGCGUCGACAGCAUCAACUUCAUGAUCGCCGAGUUCAACAACGCGUUGAGGGUCACGGCUCAGAGCCUCGCAAUGAAGCACAGGAACCUCAGGAUCAUCUACUGCGACGUUUUCCAGAGCCUCAUGCCUAUCGUCCGAACUCCACUCCAAUACGGAUUCGUCACGUCUCGAAGCGCCUGCUGCGGCGCUGGGAGAUUCGGCGGCUGGAUGAUGUGCAUGUUCCCGCAGAUGGCUUGCAGCAACGCGAGCUCCUAUCUCUGGUGGGACGAGUUCCAUCCUACUGACAAAGCGAACUUUCUCCUUGCCAGGGAUAUAUGGUCGGGAAACGUGUGCGAGCCUGGCGGCCUUCAAGAUCUCGCCAAGGCAUCCUGAGCAACU